GAGGAGGGGCACGGGAGGGCCGGGCGCUCUCGGGCGGGCGGCACGGCUCCGCUCGGCGCUUUCCCCGCGUCCGGGAGAGAGGCAGCGGCCUCGCCCGAGCCUCGGGGUUCGGCUGAGGGACGGCCCGGCCGGCCGUGUGGGAGCGUUCUGCCGGAGCACCCUGCUGAGAAAAUGUCAGCCUGCUGUUCAAGCUGUACUGCCUCACAGUGAUGACCCUGGUUGCUGCCACAUACACCGUGGCACUGCGGUACACCAGGACGGUGGGCGCAGAGCUCUACUUUUCAACUACAGCUGUGUGCAUCACUGAAGUCAUCAAGCUGUUCCUCAGCGUGGGCAUCUUGGCUAGAGAAUCGGGAAGUCUGGCAAGGUUAAUAACAUCUUUAAAAGAAAAUGUCUUUGGAAGUCCCAAGGAAUUGCUAAAAUUAAGUGUUCCAUCUUUGGUGUACGCUGUCCAAAACAAUAUGGCUUUUGUGGCUCUUAGCAACUUGGAUGCAGCAGUCUACCAGGUGACGUACCAGUUAAAGAUCCCCUGCACGGCGUUAUGUACAGUCCUCAUGCUGAACCGCACCCUCAGCAAACUGCAGUGGUUCUCUGUCUUCAUGCUGUGUGGCGGCGUUAUACUUGUUCAGUGGAAGCCUGCUCAGGCUACCAAAGUGCAGGUGGAGCAGAAUCCAUGGCUAGGGUUUGGGGCCAUAACUAUUGCUGUACUCUGUUCGGGAUUUGCAGGAGUUUAUUUUGAGAAGGUAUUGAAGAGUUCAGAUACCUCCUUGUGGGUGAGGAAUAUUCAGAUGUACUUAUCGGGGAUCGUGGUGACUUUGGUUGGCGUGUACAUGUCAGAUGGAGCCCAGGUUCUCGAGAAGGGGUUUUUCUAUGGCUAUACCUGCUUUGUCUGGCUUGUCAUCUUUCUUGCCAGUGUGGGUGGCCUCUACACUUCGGUUGUUGUGAAGUACACAGAUAACAUAAUGAAAGGCUUUUCUGCAGCAGCAGCCAUUGUUCUUUCUACUGUGGCCUCAGUCGUCCUCUUUGGUCUCCAGAUAACGGUUACCUUUACCCUGGGUGCUAUCCUGGUGUGCGUUUCUAUUUACUUCUAUGGAUUACCCCGCCAAGACACCACAAAAAUCCAGCCCUCAGAGACUAAAAGUUCAAAAGAGAGACUUGUUGCUGUGUAAUGGCCUUGAAAAUGGACAGGCAAGAAAAAAAAAAGAGGACUUUAAAAACAUACAAACUGAAUUUUUUCAAUUAGCCUUAAGCUAUUUUCGAAAUGGUUUAAGGGGGAUAGAUUAAAAGCGGAAGUUCUUUCUUUCUGACACGUGAAGUUGGUGCCGAGGCUUCGUUACUGCUGGGAGCUGCACGGGGGUUUGAUUGAAGGCAUUCUUCAUUCGUGCUGGACAAUGAAGAGUUCCAUUUGCAAGGAAAGCAGAAUGAAGGAACUGAACGCUCAAUUGUAUAUAAUGUACAUAAUGGAGGAAAAUUGGUUCUUACAGUGUAUUUGAUGAACUUUCUUUACCCUGUGAGGGAAAAAAUGCCCUAAAGCUUCAAAAAAAAAAAAAAACCUAUUAAAAAGAGCAAUUACUGCCAGCAUUUUUUCUUAAACCAUUUGGCAGCUGCAGUGUGAUUAGUCACAGGAGAGGUUUCUCUUCUGGAUAAUAUGUAUCAUACGAACAAAGUACUUCACUGGUGUUCUUAGGAUGAUUUGUAAUGCUGUUUUCUUUUAUGCAGUUGACUACGAGGUGUCAGACUAGAAGAUAAUCUGUGCACUUUUUCUCUAAAUUCUUUUUGCAUAACAAAGUGGUGCUUGAAAACA